GGGAACCAGGGUUCACAUGUGUUGCACAGUAGCUACAGGUAACUGCCAAAAUAAAGGAAACACCAACAUAAAGUGUCUUAAUAGGACGCUGGGUACCACAAGUUAGAAGAGCUUCAAUGCACCUUCACAUAGAUUCUACAAGUGUCUGAAACUCUAUUGGAGGGAUGCGACACCAUUCUUCUGCAUGACAUUCCAUAAUUUUUUUUGUUGGUGGUGGUGGUGGAAAAGGCUGUCUCAGGCACUGCUCCAGAAUCUCCCAUAAGUGUUCAAUUGGGUUGAGAUCUGGUGACUGAGACACACACGCUUUAAACCCCCUAUACUCCUUUGAUCCCCCUCUUUCAAAGUCACUGAUGUCUCUUCUUGCCAUGGUAGCCAAACUAAUGGGCAACUGGGCAUUUUAUACAUAGACGCUAAGCAUGAUGGGUUUUUAAUUGCUUAAUUAACUCAGGAACCACACCUGUGUAGAAGCACCUGCUUUUAAUAUACUUUGUAUGCCUCGUUCACUCAAGUGUAAUUUAUUUUGGCAGUUACCUGUAUGUUUCCAUUAACUUGUCCAGUGGUUUUGUGUUGAUGUUUAGAAAGAAAGUAGAUGCGACAAUUACCUGCCACUUUGCGUUUUCAUUGAACUGUCUCGUGUCGAUUUAAAAACAGCUGGACGUAAUGACAUCCCAUGAAAAUUAACAAAAAAAUUUAGCAAAAACGUGUCAAACAAAAAUGAAGUGGUUGACAUUUUUCCAUGAUCCAUGUAGGCAAAUUGCACAUUUAAUAAACUGGCGGCAGCCUGUAUGCCCUCUCACCUAUCUGUUUCAUGUCUGAGGUAGCUCCCAAAGCCAGCAUGGAUAGAAUGCAAGAAUUGACUAAUAUUCUAAGAAUUCUAAGAUUUCUCAUGUGCCACCUUAUCGCCAUGGUGAAACUUGCACUCCUUUAGAUCUGAAAUAAUUGGAUCUUGAACUUGCAUCCAGCCAACCAGAAAAGAAAGGCUAAGCAAUUCAGGCAUUAUUGAAAGUCACUGCAAAGGGAAAAAAAAUUAUAUAUUUGACUAAUAGUUGGAUUUAGAAUUAAAUGUGGAUUCGAUGUGCCGCUCGUAAGCUUAUCUUAAAAAUGACUUGGCCAUAAUCUAUUACAUAAACACAGUCUCCAUCAUCAUUUAUUGCAAUAAAGAGAGUUCAACAAAAGAAAAAUCCACCCUUAUUGAACGGAUAAAAAUGUUGUCAAUCUGUAGCACGUUUCUCAUAUAUCUGCCGUUUCCAUUACACAUGUCUUUUUGCAACAUUGCUUUUGUAACCUUGUUCAAUGGAAACCUACUGUUAGGUUGUGAAUGGUCUACGAGUGGCUGCGUUCAAGAUCCCUGCGCUGUUGUGAGAAUGGAAUUUGCUGAUAUUUUGCCAGGUAAAUGAUGAGCCACUCAUAAACAGACGGGUACAGUCCAGCGAUCCAACUGUGUUACAGCACAUGGCUAUGAGGUUUCCAGACUUCUGGAGGCGGACUCCAAGUCGAUGCGCUCGAUGAGCGGCUCGCGGCGGAACAGCGGCUCGUCCCUUGUGUCAAGCUCCUCUGCCUCGUCCAACCUGUCCCACCUGGAGGAGGACACCUGGAUCCUGUGGGGACGCAUCGUCAACGAGUGGGACGAAUGGAGACGCAAGAAGGACAAGCUGCUCAAGGAGCUGAUCCGCAAGGGCAUCCCACACCACUUCCGGGCCAUCGUGUGGCAGCUGCUUGGUAACGCCACAGACAUGCCAGUGAAGAACCAGUAUUCUGAGCUGCUCAAGAUGUCCUCGCCCUGCGAAAAGCUCAUCCGCCGGGACAUCGCCCGCACCUACCCCGAGCAUGAGUUCUUCAAGGGCCAGGACAGCCUGGGUCAGGAGGUGCUCUUCAACGUCAUGAAGGCGUAUUCUCUGGUGGACCGGGAGGUGGGCUACUGCCAGGGCAGUGCCUUCAUCGUGGGCCUGCUGCUCAUGCAGAUGCCAGAGGAGGAGGCGUUCUGCGUGUUUGUGCGUCUGAUGCAGGAGUACCGUCUGAGGGAGCUUUUCAAACCAACUAUGGCUGAACUAGGCCUCUGUAUCUACCAGUUUGAAUACCUGCUGCAGGAGCAGCUCCCGGAGUUGAACGUCCACUUCCGUUCUCAGAGUUUCCACACCUCCAUGUACGCCUCCUCCUGGUUCCUCACUCUCUUCCUCACCUUCCUCCCCAUGCCCGUCGCCACACGCAUCUUUGAUAUCUUCAUGUACGAGGGUCUGGAGAUUAUAUUUCGUGUGGGCAUGGCCAUUCUGCAGUACAACCAGACUGACCUCAUCCAGUUGGACAUGGAGGGCAUGUCUCAGCACUUCCAGAAGUUGAUCCCUCACCAGUUUGACAGCUGCCCAGACAAGCUGAUCCUGAGGGCCUACCAGGUCAAAUACAACCCCAAGAGGAUGAAGAAGUUGGAGAAAGAGUACACCACAAUCAAGAACAAAGAGAUGGAGGAGCAGAUAGAGAUCAAGAGGUUACGCACAGAGAACAGGCUUCUGAAGCAGAGGAUUGAGACAUUGGAGAAGGAAAGUGCUGCUCUAGCAGACAGGCUGAUACAGGGUCAGGUGACGCGGGCGCAGGAGGCGGAGGAGAACUACGUGAUCAAGCGGGAGCUGGCGGUGGUGAGGCAGCAGUUCAGCGUGACCAGCCAGAACCUGGAGAAAGCCCAGGACACCAUCGGAGAACUGCAGCGGGAGAAGUACACAGAGCAGUUUGUGACCGGUCUGCAGACGCAGCUGGAGCAGUCCCGGCUGCAGGAGGCAGAGCUACUGGGAGCCCUCAAAGAGAUGCAGGACAAAGUAUUGGACCUAGAGAAGAGGAGCAGCUCUCUGCCUGAUGAGAACAACGUGGCCCAGCUACAGGAUGAGCUGAAGCUGGUGAAACUCCGAGAGCUGGAGACACUGCACUCCUUCAGAGAGAUGCAGGACACGGUGACCGAGCUCAACCAGCGCUGGCAGCUCCACAUGUCAAAAGGCGGCGGGGGUGGAGGUCACUGGAAGGAAUCCCCCAAGAAGAACGCCCUGAAUGAGCUGCAGGAGAAGCUGAUGGGGGUGCGUCUGAGAGAGGCCCAGGCCCAGGCUGAACUCAGGGAAGUCAAACUCCAAGCCAUACAGCUGGAGAGCAAGAACCAGAUUCACAGCAAGCUGAUUGGGCGCCAUGAGGUGGAGAGCGCCGCCAUGCAGGAGAGGCUGCAGCAGCUGGCGGGCCAGAACAAGGGGCUGCAGUCCCAGCUCACCGAGAUGAAGAGGAAACGGGCCGAGCUCGACUGCAAGAGUAAAGAGGAGGUGAUGGCUGUGCGUUUGCGGGAGGCUGACAGCAUGGCCGCCAUGGCUGAGCUCAGACAGAAGAUAGCUGAGCUGGAGAUACAGAAGGAGGAGGGUCUGAUCCAGGGCCAGCUGAACCACUCUGACUCCAGGCAGUACAUCACCCAGCUUCGAGACCAGAUCGGAGAGCUCAAGAACGAGAUCAGGCAGCUCCGCGGGCAGCGCUCCAAGUUCGCCCCUAGUUCCCGGGGCGGUGGCUACCCGGAUCUGUGUCUAGCUAGCCCCUCGUCGGCGGGAGGCGACUACCUGAGCUCGGAUGAGGACCUUCUCCCCAGCCCCAUCCCCCCCAAUGCCAUGUACCCUGCCCUGCCCCACCCCCACCCCUCGGCCAGGCUGGACAGCGAGGGCAGCACCGACAGCGAAGCAGAGGCCAACCCGGACCACCCCCACCACGGCCCCUCGCAGCAGCUCUACACUAGCAUGGUGUGUGCUGAGGUCCUGGACAACUGAGCCAUGGAGGUCCCUGGAACUACCUGGUCCUGACCUAGACUACUAAAGAUACUGUACUCUGCAUCUCUUUAGUAUUAGAGAUGCUGUACUCACCCCAACUUUAUUGUACUACUGUUCUCACCCUAAACUCCUACUGUAACCUGUAACGGACAUCCUCCCCCCUCCUUCGCAUUGGUGCCAUGGUCGCUCCUCUUUUUGUCAUUCUCUUCUCUCCAUCUCCCCCUUUUACUUCUCUCUUCAGUUAUCCCUCUCUUUAUCUCCCUCUCUCUCCCUAUAUCUCUCCCUGAAUCUCUUUCUCCUUUACAUUCUCACCGGCAGACCCUAUAUUCCCUAUGGGGGUAGAGUCAAUUCCAGUCCGAUUCCCCUCGCCUCUCCUGUCCUGUCCUUGCCAUUAGUUUCCACGCUGCACUCCGGACCUGAGUGAAGAACAGAUAACUUCAGUACGCUCCCUCACUGUGCAGCAAAGCAUAUCCUAUCCGCACAGAAAGCAGAGAAAAUAAAAAGGAUUGAAAAUUGACCCCAAAAAAUUGCUUUCAACUUUCAAUACUCCAACCGUACCACACAGCAGUGACUAUGAGAUGCGUCGGACGUCACUUUGAUUAAAUGAUUCCCCUCAAGUUUGGAAGGACUCUUCCAUAUGGAUUUGGGAUCGGUAAAAGAUGAGAUGGAUGGAUGACUUGUUGGGCUUGACCCUGCUCGUACUGUACUGUCCCAUGAGCGAGAUGUGGAACACGCCAUCUCUCUCUUUCCUCCUCCUUUUCUCUCUCUCUCUCUCUCUCUCUCUCCAUCUCUCUCUUUCUGCCAUUCCAUCAUUCCAAGAAGACCCAUUAGCCACCUGCACUGCCUGUUACAAUGGAAACAACCCUCCACUGUAACCUCACAAUGCACACUUCAAAAACAAUGAGAGCGAGAGGGAAGGAAGGAAGGAUAGAGGUAGGAAAGGAGUAUGGUGUGGACUUGUACACAUCAAUAUCAUAGGGAUGUUACUAGAUGACAUCACAUGCAUAGAUUGAUAUUAACAAUUUAUCUUACUGAAAUUGUAUGUUGUGUGUGUCUCAAUGCCUUGCAAAUGAAACAAGGCAAGUGAAUGACGACGCUCAUGUCAACAACAAAAAUCUCAACGUUGCCAAAUCUUUUUUUUUUUUUCUGCUAUUAUUUAUGUUGUUAUUUAUUUUAAUCUUUUUUUUUAUA